CGGCAUCCGUCGUCUGGAGCCUGCAAUGAAGAGCCGCUGCUAUUUCCUAAGCUUGUGUUAUUCUGUGUGUGCACAAGGCAGUGCAUCCGCCCCCCUGCAUGCUGCAGCAUGGACCCUGUGGUCUUGAGCUACCAGGACAGUCUUCUCAGGCGGUCAGAUGUGGCCUUGCUGCAGGGGCCGCACUGGCUGAACGACCAGGUGAUUGGCUUCGCCUUUGAGUAUUUUGCCACAGAGCGCUUCAAGAGCCUGGACGGGGCGGCCUGCUUCAUUAGUCCCGAAGUCACACAGUUCAUCAAGUGCGCCACGAGCCAGGAGGAGCUGGCACUCUUCCUGGAGCCUCUGGGCCUGCCCGCCCGCCGCCUGGUCUUCCUGGCCGUCAACGACAACUCCCACCAGACGGCCGGCGGCUCGCACUGGAGCCUGCUGCUUUUCCGGCGUGCGGGGGCCCGAUUCUCGCACUACGACUCGCAGAGUGGCAGCAACUCCCUGCACGCCCGCCGCAUCGCUGGCAAGCUGGAGUCCUUUCUCGCGGCUGACAGGAGGGCGGCUUUCGUCGAGGAGCCAACUCCCGCACAGCAGAACAGCUACGACUGCGGCAUGUACGUCAUCUGCAACGCAGAGGCUCUGUGCGAGAGCGCCGGGCAGGAGGGUGGCCCGCAGACCAUCACCCCGGCGUAUAUUACGCAGAAGCGGGCCGAGUGGAGCGAGCUCAUACAGAGACUGUCCCGUCUGAAAAAGUGACCCGUCGGGGCCGGCCUCCUUUCUUAAAUACGCUAGCAUGAGUGUUUGAGACCGGCGCACAUAUACUAAGAACGCUAACCAGUACAUAUUUUUUACUCACAAUCUACUAAAGUAAUAUGAAAAGGUAACUGACAGACUGUAUAACUAGCUAUAAAAAAAUCAGACUCAUAAAUGGCGACAUGGCCACGUUUUCUGCCAAAGCCAAGAGUAGCUGAACGGGAAGAGAAAGGGUGCCUGUCAUUCAUCCAUAUAUUCAGAAUUUUAUUUAUUUACAAAUGCGUGCAAGAAGGGUAAACUUGUACUUUUAUUGAUUCUUCUUCAGACAUCUGCAUAGAAGAUUAUAUGCAGUUUCAUGCAAAGCAGAUUUCUGAGGAAUACCUUGUGAAUUUACUUAUUAUUUUAGAAUAUGCAUCCUAUUUAGUACUUUGUUUUUGCUGAACCAUAGACCAUGUUGUUGAAAAUCAAUGAAAGUGCAACAAGCUGAGCCAGUGAAUGGAGCCGUAAUCAGAAAAUGAUGGACUGUGCAGUGCUUAUGGGUGGAGUUUAAAGUUUAGCUCACCUAAUCAGUCAUUAUCAUCAAUACAGUGGACAGUAUGAUUUGCACACGUUUGAUUUGAGCAUUUUGUAGAGCACAAGACAUCUGAAAUUUGGCAUCACCGCUAACCAGACAGCUACCUUGCCAUUUGCAUUAGGUAUGACUUGCUAUCGCUGCCGUUUCUGUGUGUGAGGUGGAAGAUUCGGAUGGAUUCAGUCAGCGAGCAGCACAAGAUAAGAAGAGUGGCUUGGCUGGGUGAAAACGGGGGGGCUCCAAAUAUGCCACUUUGUUUUAAGCCAACGAUGUACUUUAUGUUUACAAAGUGUUUUUGCUCAGGGUUGUUUGUGGAAAAUGAAAGAGCAUACAGAAUGUCAUUCUGCUGAACAUCUGCAUCGAUGGUUUUGGUGACAUUCUUAACUUCCAGUGCCUUGGAAGUCCACCUGAUGCUAUUUUAGGCAGCCUUACGUUAUUCAUCAGACCAACUGCGCUGGAGAAGACGACGAGGGACGACCAGCAACAAGACGGAUGGACGGAUGGACAUGCUUUUGGGAAGCCAGAAGACCCAAACAGACCAUUCUGGGGGACUGGCAUUUAUGCUUGGAGCAGAUAAGCAAAGAGCCCCUCGUCCACCCUUCAUCCCUUCCGACACGUUUGAUCUCACCGGUGGGUCAGUCAGGACUGCAC